CCGUUGAUCACGUUGACAUUCGUCUUUGAUUUCGUGAAUUCGAAUUCUUUUACGGACGAUAAUUGUAAUUUCUUGAAAAGUAAGAACCGAUAAAAACGACUUUCGUUCGGUCUUCUUACUUAAAACAUGCCGUUGAAACAUUUUUCGCGUUACAUGAUCAUCUUACGAUGAUUCGGUGAAUGGAUUAGAAGAAGAAAGAAGGACGCAGAUCCACAUGCCUUGCGGAAAUUAAUACGAAAGUCUACGUUUUGUGAACCGGCACAUGCACACUCAUCGAUCAAAAGGGAAUGUUUGUUUUGCUUUUCUCUGCUUUCGAGUUUCAAGCCAUCACGAAGGUUAGACCGAACGACAGUACGAUCACUUGACGACCUGAUCUUUGAAGUUCGAGUAAUUAAAGCAGGGAAAUAAACAAUGGCUGGCAGCGGAGAACUUUGGGUGCAAUGUUUUACCUGUUGUUUAACGCAACAGGGACCAAGAGCACGUAAUGGAAGGCAAAGAUCACAUCAGAGGCUAAGGAUAGAUCGUAGUAUGAUCGGUGUGCCUACAAACUUCAGGCAUACUGGACAUGUUAGCAGCGGGGAUGUUGAUAUGAGCAGUGCGCAAUUAUCAAACAUUCAAGCACAGAUGCAAAUGAAAGGAGGCUAUGAUACCACGUACGGCCUUAAGGCAUGUUGAAAAUAGUUUUAAGAAGCUCUUAGACUGGCCUGCCAACAAUCUUGUAACAGGACUAAGAAAUUGACUGAGUUUUUAAUCUCUAUGUUCCUUUGUAUUAAGACGAACAUAUGUGCAGCUCAUUGUACAUACAAAUGUGCUUGCAAGAAGUACAUGUUUUUAAAACAUUUUUAUUCAUAAGAGGAAGCUACACGUCACAAUGGAAGUUGCCCUGGUCUACACAGAGACAGCAUCAAGCACGAAAAUUGGCAUUUUAUUUAUAAGGUGCAUUUGACUUUUGUACUGUUAAUUUGUUUCCUUCUACGGUAAAGACUGGAUGCUCAAUAUGAACACAAACUGCCACAUUAUACGCAACACUUUUGAGGUGCAUUUUUUUUUUUCUAUUACUUUAUAAUUAUUAUUUUUUUUUUAAAUCGAUGUUUAUUGACGUACACGGUAAUAUACUAACUUUAUAGCUGUUAUAUCACAUAUUAAUUAUAUUUACACGUUUUUCGAUACGGUUAUGACUUACGAUCGUAGAUUAAUCGUAAAUAAGCAUUAGAUACCAUUCUUAUACUUCCAAGUGAGAAUGUAAGUACUCCACGUUACGUAGUAGUGCUUUUGUAAAAAGAAAAAAAAAAAAGAGGAAAGAAUGUACUUUUGCAUGGUUCACCUGUGCUGACUAAUGGAUAAAUAUUUUAGCGUAUAUACGAUGAACGUCCAAGUUCACAAAGCACGGCCCAUUUUUCCUACUUCUGUAUUAAUCCCUGAAUAGGGUGUAUAAACCUAUAUUAGGUAAUAUUUGGAACGUAGAUGUGUCAAAAAUCAAAGAAAAAAAAAAAUUAUUUGUACGUAUUUGCCUAGUCUAUAAUCAUUCUAUCACACCUCGUGAAUUGUAUUAGCAAUUAUUUGUUGUACUUUAAUCGUAUGAAUCGUGAUCUCCCAAAGCUAUAACCAUGGACCAGUGUCGAAUGCGAGGAGGAGGGGGAAAGAAUCUUAAAGGAUUUACUAAAAUCUAAUUUAUAUAAAACCCUGGACCAUUUUAAAUCUAAAAAUGUGUUGGAUACACUUGUAAGAAAUUAUUAGGUAUAUCUAACGUUGGAAAUAUAUUUACAAACUCCCCCCAUUUUCUAAAUGACCUCUAUACACGUAGUAAAUAUUUAUUUACACUUUUGGAAUCAA